AAAAUGUUGAUCGUAAAAUUCUGAAAUUAUCAUCAAAAUUAUCAUUUUCUUCUAUGAUUUUGACAAAUAAUGAAUUUGACAGUGAAAAGGAAUCAAAGGAAAUUGCAAGUGUUGAAAGUAUAGAUAACAAGAUACAUAGUACACACAAUAGUGAAAUAAAUCAAACAGUUGAUGAAGUUCAAAACUGCCAAUCAAAGAAUGGAGUUAAUAAAAAUUAUGUCACUAUGGUGAGCAACAAUAUACAAACAGAAGAAAAUGAAAAUAUUCAUAAUAGACAGACUGCAGAAAUUACACAGGAAUAUGAUUGUGGUGAUGAGUGUGAAAUGAUAGAAGAAUAUCUUGAAUCAGAAGAAGAAAGUGUCUAUUCAGACCUUUGUGAGUCUCCUAAAGAAAAUAAUGAAAACUCAAAAAGUGUUAUAACAACAAAAGAAUAUAACAAAAUUUCAAAUGCUACUGAAUUUACAAAUGACAAUAAUUCUUCAGACACUAGUAUAUCUAUGAAAGAAAAUAAAAAAGCUUUAAACAAAAUCAACAAACCAACUAAAGCAAAGAAAAAAAUAAACACAAGGAAAAGAAAAAUAACCGAUAAUGUAAAUAAACAGGAUGCAAGUGAUUCUUCUGACUUUGAACCUUUAAAUAAGCUUCUCAAAGACUCUAAAAAAGAAAGUUCAAAAAAGAAGUACAAUGAAUUUGAUAUCAAGUUUUAUGAGGAUUUUGGUACUGUAGUAUUGUUGACGCCAGAAGAGGCAAAAAAAGAAAUGUUGCUUAGGAAAGAAUCAUAUAAUUACAAUGUAUGCCCACACAAAUGUGAGUUAUGUUACAGGGGAUUUGAAUAUGAGACUGCAUAUAAAAAUCAUUUGAAGAAGCACACUGAUGCAUAUGGUACCUUUGAGUGUGAUUUGUGUCACUUCAGAUAUCCUGCUAAAAGGUUUCUCAGUAGGCACAUUCUUACAUGCCACAAAAGAAAGUUUAUUUGCAAGUUGUGUCCAUAUAUUUGUUUUAAUUUCGGCCAAGCUACAAACCAUGUAAGACUUCAUAAAGGAAAGACAUAUCCUUGCAAUGCCUGUGACAUGGUAUUCAGCAUGCCAAACAGUUUACUGAUGCACAAGCGAGUUAAACAUCAGCUGGAGUGUGUGUGUGAAUUCUGUGGGGACACAUUUGCCACCUCAACCGGUCUCCGCUUUCGCAAAAAUAAGAUUCAUAAGCUGGAAAUAAAUAAAAAACAAGGCCCAAACUGCGAAGAAUGUGACGUUCACUUCGCAACUGAAAUGGCGUGGAAAAAACACAUGGUCCUUAAACACCGUGUCAGUAAUGGGUGCAAGCAUUGCGGUGAAAUGUUCACUAAUGAAGAAGAUUUGAAAUCACAUUUGAAGAUACACGCAAGAAAACAAUCGUUCAGAACCAUUCCACCAACAUUUCCCGUAGAUUGCAACCAUUGUAAUAAAACGUUGUCGGACAGCGGCGAGUUCAAAUCGCACAUGACGUCGGAACACCCGGAGUCGUACGCCGUCAAGAUGUUGAAUCACGGGAAAGAGAAGCGUUUUGUGUGUGAAACAUGCGGAAAGGCGUUUAGGUUGCGGUGCCUGCUGCUGUCGCACCAGCGCGUGCACACGGGCGAGCGCCCCUUCGCGUGCGCGGAGUGCGGCGCGCGGUUCGCGCGCGCGCAGGCGCUGUCGCUGCACCGCGCCGCCGCGCACCGCCGCGCGCGCCGCCACGCCUGCCGCCUCUGCGGGCAGAGCUUCGCCGCGCGCAGCGCGCACAACAAGCACAUGAAGGUACACACACUCUGAUCAACAUGUUUCCAC